AUGAAUGACUACAUAAAAGUUGAUUUAAUACACAACUUAUAUAAAAAUAAAAAAUGGAAAGAAAUCAAAUUAAAUAAGUUUGACACAUUAAGUAAUAUUAAAAAGAAAAUUUAUGGACAUACAGGAACUUCAGUAGAUAAUAUGAACUUAUAUGCAUACGAUGAAUUAAAUAUUGAAAAUACACAAAUUUUUUUAAAUAACAAUAAACUAACUUUAAAUGAUUAUGGUGUAAAAGAUAAUUAUAUAAUUUAUAUACAUGACACAAAUCCAACAUCCCAUAAUGAUAUUAUAUAUAAUAUAGAUGAUGAAAAAAAUCUAGAAAAAUUAAAACAUUUAAAAUAUGAAAUAAAUGAUGAGGAUUAUAAUAAAAGACAAGAUACUUUUAGAAAAUUUAUUCAAAAAAUUAAACAAAAUCAAAAAAAUAAUUUACCAACAAAUCAAGAAGAAAAUGCACAAAAUAUAAAUCAUAAUUUAUAUAAUCAAGAAUUAUAUAAAAUAGGAAAUAGGUGUAGAAUUAUAAUAGGUGAUAGAAGAGGAACUCUAAAAUUUGUUGGAAAUUUAAAAAAUAAUGAUAUUAUUUAUGUUGGUGUAGAUUUAGAUGAACCUUUAGGAAAUUCCGAUGGAUUUUAUCAAAAAAAAAAAUUAUUUGAAUGUAAAGGAGACAAAUAUGGAUAUAUAGGAAAUAUUAAUUCGAUUGAAGUCGGAGAUUUCCCUCCUUUUGAUAUAAUGGAUUUUGAUGAGUUCUAA